GUUCGCACUCUCUCAAUGCUGACUCUCACUCGCUCUCAUAUCUCUCUCCCGUGCACACUUUAAAACACUUGCAGACGGACACGCAGACAUAAAGACACACACACACAUUCACAGCUCAGCUGAGGGCAAGGGGAGAGCAGUCAAUAUUUGACCGGACUGGACUGUAAGGGCAGGGAGACAUAAAUACAGAAAAAAAAGAGAGACAGAGCAACUUGGAGGAGCGUUUUCUUCCCUCUUGAGAAAUCCUUGAGCACUUGGAACUUGGACUUGAGGAAGAAGCCUUCAUUUCUCAACACAGGUGGAUUCUAACUUUUCAGAAAUCAGCGGAGCAAGGAAAGAAGGGAGGAUUAAGUGGUUUCCUUAUUCAAUUGUUGGACUUUUGGACCCGGGAUUGGGCAAGAGCGCGGCAAGAGGAGGGAGAUGGGGAGAUGGACGUUACAUCUCUCAGUGGGACUCGGGCUUCUGGCCGUCCUGCUGACCAGCUAUUGUGUUGAUGGGAACUACUGCCUGGCAGCCAAGGACAGCACCUGCUCAGCGUGCAUCCAGUCGGGGAAAGACUGUGCCUACUGCCCCGAUGAGACCUUUGAUGGCCCCCGCUGUGACCUGAUUCAGAAUAUAAAGGCCCAUGGCUGCAGCGCUGGUGCAAUCAUUACAGCUUCAAGCAGCAUGCGAAUAGAACAGGAAGAGAAGAUCAACGUGAAGCUCCAGCAGGCUCAGGUCUCCCCCCAGCUCAUGAGCAUGUCCUUCCUGCCGGGACAGGAGAGGACGGUGGACAUGGAGGUGUUUGCUCCGACCAAGGGCCCGCUCGAUCUCUACAUUCUCAUGGACUUCUCCAACUCCAUGGCCGACGAUUUGGACAACCUCAAGAGCAUGGGCAAGGAUCUGGCUUUGUUGGUGGAGAAGCUUUCCAAUGACCCCACCAUCGGCUUCGGAAAGUUUGUGGACAAAGUCGUGGAGCCCCAGACCGACAUGAGACCUGUCAAACUUCAGCAGCCGUGGCCCAACAGCGACCCUCCCUUCUCCUUCAAAAAUGUCAUCAAGCUGACCAGCGAUUUGGAUUUCUUCACCAGCGAGCUUCAGAAUGAAAGAAUAUCUGGCAACCUGGACGCCCCUGAAGGGGGGUUUGAUGCCAUACUGCAGGCUGCAGUCUGUGGGGAUAAGAUCGGCUGGCGCGCCCACAGCACCCAUCUCCUGGUUUUCUCCACUGAGUCGGCCUUCCACUAUGAGGGCGACGGCGCCAACGUGCUGGCGGGAAUCCUCCCACGCAACGACGAGGAGUGUCACCUGGACACAUCGGGAAAAUACACAGAGGACACCAAGCAGGAUUACCCCUCGGUGCCCACGCUGGUCCGACUGCUGGGCAAACACAACAUCAUCCCCAUCUUCGCCAUCACCAACCACUCCUACACAUAUUAUGAGAAACUCAGUCAGUAUUUCCCCAUCGCCGAGGUGGGUCUGCUGCAAGAAGACUCAUCCAACAUCCUGAGUAUCAUGGAGAAGGCCUUUGAGAGUAUCCGUUCCAAGAUGAGCAUCCGUGCAGAGGACAGGCCCAAGGCGCUCACAGCUCAGUUCUUGUCCAGCAGUGGAGACGUUGCUCAGUUCGGAGACUUUCACGUCAGGCCUGGAGAAAUAGGCAAGUUUAAGGUGCGGCUGAAGGCCGAGCGGCAGAUCGAGGAGCAGCACGUUUGUCAGAUGGAUGAGGAAGACAAAAAGGGGACAAUUAGAGUGAAACCUACGACCUUCAGCACGGCCCUAAACAUUAAGGCUGAGGUUCUGUGCCCAGUCUGCGACUGUGAGCAGAACCCCUCUCUUAAAGCAACCAGAUGCAACGGCAACGGAGAUCUGGUCUGUGGGAAGUGUCGGUGCUACGAAGGCUGGAUGAGUGCGUUCUGCAACUGCUCGGCUAGCGCGUCGUCACGAGACUCGGCCAUGUGUCUGGGACCGGGCAUGAAGGAGCCGUGCUCGGGCCGUGGAGACUGCCAGUGUGGGACCUGCGUGUGCUACGACCCCGAGCAAUACGAAGGACCCUACUGCCAGUAUGACAAGACCCAGUGCCAGAGAUCUGGAGGCUUUCUCUGCAACGCCCGUGGCUCAUGUGUAAUGGGUGCGUGUGCUUGUUCCAUGGGAUGGGGAGGUCCCGCGUGUGAGUGUCCCAAGAGCAACCAGACCUGUCUGGACACCAAGGGGGGUAUCUGCAAUGGGCGAGGUCAGUGUGUGUGUGGCCGCUGUGAAUGUCUGGAUGCCGGUGUGCCGCUCACUAGGACCUGUGAAGCCAAUUUCCAGGCCCAGUUAGGCAUGUGUGAGGCCAAGAGGAGCUGUGUCCAGUGUCAGGCCUGGAAAACCGGAGAGAGGAAGGACAAAGAGAAAUGUGAUGAGUGCACGUUCAAAGUCGUCAUGGUGGAUGAGCUCAAAGAAUCGGACAAGGUGAUUGACUCGUGCAGUUUCCGCGAUGAGGACGACGACUGCACGUACUACUACACCGUCGACUACCCUGAAGACCCCAAUGUUAAAGAACUGGAGGUUCAGGUUCUCAAGAAGAAAGAAUGUCCUCCCGGUGGCUUCCUGUGGCUGAUCCCUCUCAUUAUGUUCCUCAUGUUACUGCUGGGCCUCCUGCUGCUCUGCUGCUGGAAAUACUGUGCCUGCUGCAAGGCCUGUCUUGCCCUGCUGCCUUGCUGUGGGAAAGGUCGCAUGGUUGGCUUCAAAGAAGACGAGUACCUACUCCGGCAGUCUCUGCUCACCUCAGACCAUCUGGACACACCCAUGGUGAGGACGGGCCCACCCAAAGGCACUGAUGUGGUUCGCUGGAAGGUCACCGACAAUGUCCACCGAGGACCAAAUCACCCCCAGGCUCAGAUUCAGCCCAACCCGAAAGAGACCAUCCAGUUCCCCAUCUCGCUCCGUCUCAACAGGCUGUUCACAGAACACCUGUCCCGCCCUGAAGCCAGAGACACCGAACUACUGCGCAAGGAUGUGGCCGAUAAUCUCAACGAGGUGUACAAGCAGAUUCCCGGGGCUCAGAAAGUUCAGAAGACUUCAUUCAGAACACAAAGAAAUGCCGGGAAAAGGCAGGACCAUACCAUCGUGGACACUGUCCUGUCUGCUCCUCGCUCCAGCUUCCCUGAUAUUGUCAAAGUGACAGAGAAAAACGUCCAGUCCGGCAGUUUCAGUGACCUCAAAGUGGUGCCUGGCUACUACACCGUAGCCACAGACAGAGAGGCUGCUGGGGCAGUGGAGUUCCAGGAGGGCGUGGAGUCAGUGGAUGUCCAUGUCCCACUCUUUGUCAAGGAUGAAGACGAUGACAAGAAGCAACUACAAGUGGAGGCCAUAGACGUACCACUGGGCAUCGCUGAUAUUGGAAAACGCUUUGUCAACAUCACCAUCAUCAAAGAGCAUGCCACGAGUGUGUUCUCAUUCCUCCAGCCGGCCUACACCUACAGCAGGCAGGACGGAGUGGCCAACAUCCCCAUCAGCAGAGAGAUCAUUGAGGAUGGACGCACACAAGUCACCUAUCGCACACGGGACCUCACGGCCAAGGACAAGAAGGAUUAUGUGACUGUGGAAGGAGACCUGACGUAUGGUCCCGGUGAGACGCAGAAGACAGUACCUGUUCGUUUGCUGGAGCUGGGGGAGAAAGAUGGCCUCCUGGAGGGCAAACAGGUCAAGCAGUUUGUCAUGGAUCUCAGCAACCCGCGGCAGGGUGCCAAACUGGGUCGCUACCCCAGAACUACAGUCACCAUCGCAGACCAAGCAGAACCCAGUGUCAUGAUGUUCAAGAAGGGCACACAGAACUUCACCACAUCCGACCCAACCUACACUAUCCCUGUGGUCCGCACUCGCAACCAGGAUGGCCCUGUCACUGUGAAGUGGCGCACCAAAAAGGCCCAGCGCUUCGACCUCUCUGGUCCUCUCAAGUUUGGUCCUGGAGAGUCGGAGAAGAAUAUAGUGAUCGACCCGCGGGCCCACCCAGGCCCCAUCCAGCCAGAGACCUUCCAGCUGGAACUUUUUGACCCAAGUACCAGUGCUAUUGUUGGAGAGAGGAAAACCACCCUGGUCAAUGUCACUGAUGGAGUUCCCAAGUCUCCAGAGAUGGUCCAGAUGGAAAAAAUGGGUAUGGGCUUUGUCAACCAGGUAUGCACAUCUCCUGGGGGUCAUCUCUUCUCUCCAACUAACGCCAAAGCCACUGCCAUCGGUCCUAAGAACAUUCGCCUCAACUGGGACCCACCAUCUGGAAAUCCCCUUGGGUACAAGGUGAAGUACUGGAUCUAUGGCGACCCAGAGAAAGAUGCCAAGGUCUUAGACGUGAAGACCCCUCAAGCUGAGCUCACCAACCUGUAUCCCUAUUGUGACUAUGAGAUGCGAGUGUGUGCCUACAACAACAUUGGAGAUGGCUACGACACCGACAUCAUCCCCUGUCAAACGCUGGAGGAUGUACCUGGGGAGCCUGGUCGACUGGCCUUCAAUGUCAUCAGUCCAACUGUCACUCAGCUCAGUUGGGCAGAGCCUGCAGAGACCAAUGGCAAAAUCACAGCUUACGAGGUCAUCUACACGCCCAUCGAUGAUGACAUGAAACCUGUGGGAGCAGCUAAGAAAGUGAAGAUUGACAACCCUAAGAAGCGCAUGCUGCUGAUCGAGAACCUCCAGAAUGCCCAGACCUACCAGUACAAGGUCCGGGCCAAGAACAGCGUGGGCUGGGGCCCCUUCAGAGAUGCCACCAUCAACCUGGCCUCACAGCCUGCCAGACCUCUGUCAAUUCCCAUUAUCCCAGACAUCCCUAUCGUGGAUGCAGAGGCAGGAGACGAGUAUGACAGUUUUCUGAUGUACAGCAGUGAAGUGCUGAAAUCUCCCGCAGGCUCCAAAACGCCCAGCGUCUCUGGUGAUGAUCACAUGAUGAAUGGAAAGUGGGACCAGAACUUCCUUUUCCCAGGUGGUUCAGCAUCACGCAACCUGUCAGCGUCGUCCUCUCCUAUGUCCACCCUGAGCUCAAACUAUAGAGGAGCAGGAGGCUCCAUGACCACCAUGGAGACAACCACCACCUAUAUGUCUGGACCAGGAAACUCACUCUCUCGAGGUGUCAUGAUGGAAGGAGGUGGAGUACACACAAAAGAAGUUAUCAUGAGGAAGCGCUCCGAGAACAGGGGCUAUACAGAUGAAAACAUCCGGGACUCUAUCGUCAUGGGGGACAUAUCAAGCAAUUUCCCAGAUCUAGGUGGGUUUGGCUACAGCGGAACUGAGAGCAACUCUCAGAGCCAGUUCAGCUACAGCCUGUCUCAGGGUAUGAGGGCCAGGACCCAGUCUUCUGACGUCAACGAUGCACUGCUAAACCUGGAUAGGGUGCUCCAGGAUACGAGGCUCACUCCAGGCAUCCCAGAUACUCCCACCAGGCUGGUGUUUUCUGCCCUGGGUCCCACUGCCCUCAAGGUCAGCUGGCAGGAGCCCCACUGUGAGGGGGACAUCCUGGGCUACUCUGUCCUCUACCAGCUGCUCAACGGAGGUGAGGUGAAGCGCAUCAACGUCACCAACCCAGCAGAGAACUCUGUGAUCGUCCAGGACCUGCUGCCCAAUCACUCCUACCUGUUCAAGGUGAAGGCCCAGAGCCAGGAGGGCUGGGGUCCAGAGAGAGAGGGAGUCAUCACCAUUGAGUCAGCUGUCGACCCCAAGAGCCCCCUCAGCCCCAUGCCAGGCUCUCCGUUCACCCUGAGCACCCCCAGUGCCCCAGGCCCCCUGGUCUUCACGGCGCUGAGCCCCGACGCCCUGCAGCUCAGCUGGGAGAAACCUCGCAAACCCAACGGAGACAUCCUGGGCUACGUGGUCACCUGUGAACAGCUGCAUGGUGGAGGAGACGUCCGUUCCUUCCAGGUGAACGGGGACAGUGCUGAGACCAGUCUGACGGUCCCAAACCUGACAGAGAACGUGCCCUACAAGUUCAAAGUUCAGGCCAGGACCACACAGGGCUUCGGCCCAGAGAGAGAGGGCAUCAUCACCAUUGAAUCUCAGGAUGGAGGUGCUUUGUCCCAGUACAACAGCCAAUCAGUGACAAGAAGAGAUGUUUUCCAGCUGCCAACAGAGGUUAGCACGCGGACCAACGUCUCCCACACCAUGUACAACGACCCCUUCUUCUCAGAUGGGAUGAUGAUGACCACACAGCACACCGAGACCGGCGGCAUGGUGACCCGCCAGGUCACCAAGGAAGUGGUUCAGAGGACCGUAACAGGAGGAGCCACCGUCACAAAGAAAAUCGAAAGGUUUUACGAAGCCUAAAGAUGGAACUGUUUCGAGGGUCUGGCGCGGCGAGGAAUCAUUUCCAUUUGAUUAAAAAAAAAGAGUUCGCUUCAGACUAUCCACUCAUGAAAUAUUUAUGUUUUCAUACGAAUCUGUGGGUGUGAGAUUCUGCAAUAAAAGAGAUUUCUGCGUCCUGCGUGAUGAAGAGGCGGAGAGAAGGCAGUAGUAGAGCUCGUCUUUUACGUUUGUUACAAAUUGCGGCCACUGUCCUGCUUCCUUGCACAGGGCUCGUUUCAGCAUUCAUUUUUCCCCACUCUGUGUUAAUGGCAUCUGUUGCUUCUAUACUAUACUUGAUAAUUUCCCAACAACACCGAAAUCAGCCAGUGUCAACUCCUGCCUCUCUUAGUUAGUAUCUGGUAAUAACACUGGGGCUUUAAAUCAGGCCAGUGCAGUAAUCUGUGGUUCAGUAAUCCAAAGUGACCUCGCCACGCCUCCUCCUGUAUAUAUGAGGUGUAUAGGGCAGAUGUAGCCUGCUGUGUGUUUUGACAUCCACCUUGUUCACUGUGUGGAUGAAGAGCAGGAGAUGAGGGAGGUUGAGUAAAAUAAAUGUGUCAAACUUUUUGGGGUGCGCCCCUUAGAGAGCUGGACCAGGCCUAUCUGCCUUGAUAGAUCAGCUUUGAAGAUUGGCUCCAGAUUGUUUGGGACACCCGGAGGACAGAAUCACAUUGUGUCUUUUUCGGUCACCAAAUCAAUGUCAUGACUCACCCAAGCGCCUUAAAGAUGGUUCGCGAUCAUGUUCAUCAUUUUUUUUUUUUUUUUUGUAAUUUUAUUCUUAAGCGAUCAAGAGUAUCUACGAGUGAUAUAUUUUAUUUUGGGGAUUUUUGUUCAUAGAUUUGUGUUGUAUUUAAGUGUGAUUAAAGUCUUCCCAAACUUUGACAGGUGUAUUUAAUACUUCUUAUCUAAGCAGACUGACAUGGAAUCUGAUGCCAAAUAUAUUUGCACAAACGUAAGUCUGUGCUUGUGUUACUCGUCUAUAUUACAUGCACAUUUCCUACUGAUAAUAAAAGCGGCA